AUGGAGGCCAUCGACAGCGAGCUUCCUGCAGCACCAACAAAGCUGACCCCUGUGAGAGCAUCGCUCUCCAUGGGACCUUCGCUGGAAGAAGACUUCGAGACUCACGAGAACAUCUCCUACAUGCUGUAUCAUGGAGACAAGAGUUCUGAUGGCAGUGGUUACUUCGCCUUGGAGGUGAACGUCACUGCAAAGGAUGCAGAUCUCGCCGCCAGCUUCGUGGAGCACAUGAACGAGAAGCUGAAGCAGUUCGACAUGGCACAGCUGGUAACUGUCUCUCAUACCGGCAGCACGAUCUCUUUUUUGACGCCACUUCCUUCGCCGGACAAGGCGAAUACGGACAAAAAUAUUCAGGAAAUCAUGAAACAUGUCGGCCACGUCACCGCGACCGUGUCCGUCAACAACAAAAUGGAGCAUAUGCUUCAGCAUCCCGAUGAACCAUUGUGGUCUCACGCGAAGACUGGCGCCAAGUUUUUGCUGGACGCCACCUUGACGGACGAGUUGGAGAAGAGCAUUGUCGAUUUCAUCAACAGGACCGUGACUCACUCAAGGAUGUCGAACUGCGAGGGCACAGAUGUUCCCUGCGUGGGGUACGGAACCGGCCAGUGCUGCUCCUUGGACACAUGCUUAAGGCCGAGCUUUGACGACAUGGCAGCUCCUGGAUACAUGCAGGAGCAGUGCAAGAUGAACCUCACCUGCGCACCUGUGUGUGCCGGCUCGAACCCGCGGGAGUAUGCUGUGAAGUUGGUGGGAACACUGGUGCAGCUGUUCGCCGGAGGCUCUUUCGACGUCAAAGUGGCAUAUGAUGAUGACAUGAUGCAGGACCUUUACCACAGCUUGCCUGUUGCCAACCUUACCCUGACGAGUCUUCAAGAGCAGUACAAAGUCCUUUCUCAGCACAUCCCGCAGGAUGAACGUGGCUCCCCGGCCGCCUUGGCAGCCGUGGAGCUUAUUCUGGAGGCGGGCAAAGCUCUUGACAGCAUGGAUUCCGUUGAAGUGAAGGGCCUGCCGGAUGGAAUCAAGGCCGUGGUCAAGUUCGAGAACUCGAAGCCAUUUCAGUUCUUCCUCGCCAUCCUCGAGGGCGGAGGCAUGCUUGAUGCCCUGAAAGGCACUACCGGGGGCGCACCGGAGCAGGCGGAUUUCGCGAGUGCGAAGUCGUAA